AACACUAUUUGUUCCCCAUAUAAUAAAAACAAAUAAAAACUUAUAAUAAGAUAUAUUUUUUUGUGUUUAUUCUCCCUUUUGGUGCUCUCCCCAUGUCUCUCUUUGUGGGGGCUCUUGACCCACAUUUCAAGCAUUAAUAAGAGGGGAGGUUUCCUUCAGAUGCUAUUCCCUGCCCCAAAAGGCUAUUAUAAUUUAUUUCGGAAAGUGUCAAGGGAGGGAAACAAGAGCUAGAGCACAAGGUAUACGAGUGUUCUCGAGUGAUUUUUAUCAAACACCAACUCAGAAAGAAAGAGAGAGAGAAAGGGAUAGAAUAAUGCGGUGACGGCAAGCGAUGCUUUGCGCGGGAAUAUCAUUGUGGUGGCAGCCCGAAUACUUAGUCGAUUAGCAAACCCUGAAGCCUUCUUUUAAAAUCGGGCAGCAGGUUCUUCCAGACAUGGCGGCGGCUCUCGGGAGGGUUCUUGACUCCGCUUUCUUGGCUAUUUAUCGAUCGUUCGGCUACCGGAGCGAUCGGAAUAGGAACCGGAGCGGCGCUUACUACUACAGCAGCAACUACGGUGGCGGCAACACCUACUACUACGUCGACGACACCCGCAGAAUGGGAAAGGGCCGGCCUCUUUCUCUGCAGACAGUGGAGCUUAAAGUCAGGAUGUGCUGCACGGGCUGCGAAAGGGUUGUCAAGCAUGCUCUCUCAAAACUAAGAGGGGUGGAUUCGGUGGAGGUGGAUCUGGAUAUGGAGAAGGUGACGGUGACGGGGUACGUGGACCGGAACAAGGUGCUGAAAGAGGUGCGGCGGAGCGGGAAGAAGGCGGAGUUCUGGCCGAACCCGGACCUGCCGAUGUACUUCACGUCGGCGAGCGACUACUUCCGCGACGAGGAGUCCUUCAGGGACAGCUACAACUACUGGCGCCACGGCUACAACGGCGACAAGCACGGCCACGUCCCCGUCCCCCACCGCGGCGAGGACCGCGUCAGCAACAUGUUCAACGACGACGACGUCAACGCCUGCCACGUCAUGUAAAACCGGCCCCCACCACCCCCACACCCCACCGGAGACACUGCAGUACGGGUGUGAUCAUGAUGAUCUGGUGCAAGAUAAUGUAGACCUGUGAGGAGUGUUGCGUUCAUGAUGUUGUAAGGCAUGUUAAUUAUCUACGUGCUGUGAAUGUGUUCUACUUUGUAUCGAAAUAUACUGCAAAAAAAACAAAAAAAACAAAAAAAAAAAGCUGUUUACAGCUCACUA